GGCAGCGGCGAGGGAGGAGAAAGAAGGCUAGGAGGCGUCUCCCGCGCUCGCCAGGGCCGUGCCACCUGCCCGCUAGCUCGCCGCACUAACGCUGCCCACAAGCCAACAUGCUGCAGAGACUGGGCGGCUCCGCGCUGCCGCUGCUCCUGCCGUCGCUGCUGCUGCUGCUGCUGCUGGGCGCCGGCGGCUGCGGCCCCGGGGUACGAGCCGAGGUGCUGUUCCGCUGCCCUCCCUGCACGCCUGAGCGACUGGCCGCCUGCGGACCCCCACCCGACGGGCCCUGCGCCGAGCUGGUGCGCGAGCCGGGCUGCGGCUGCUGCUCCGUGUGCGCACGGCUGGAGGGCGAAGCGUGCGGCGUCUACACCCCGCGCUGCGCCCAGACACUACGCUGCUACCCGAACCCGGGCUCCGAGCUGCCCCUGCACACGCUGGUCAUCGGCGCGGGUACCUGUGAAAAGAGUCGCGUGGGCGCCACCCCACAGCAGGUUGCAGACAAUGGUGAAGACCACUCUGAGGGAAGCCUGGUGGAGAACCAUGUGGACGGGACCAUGAACAUGUUGGGAGGAGGAAGCAGCGCUGGCCGGAAGCCUCUCAAGUCAGGCAUGAAGGAGCUGGCCAUGUUCCGGGAGAAGGUCAAUGAACAGCACCGGCAGAUGGGCAAAGGUGGCAAACACCUUACCCUGGAGGAGCCCAAGAAGCUGCGGCCACCCCCCUCCAGGACCCCUUGCCAGCAGGAAUUGGACCAGGUCCUGGAGCGUAUCUCUACCAUGCGCCUUCCGGACGAUCGGGGUCCUCUGGAGCACCUCUACUCCUUGCAUAUCCCCAACUGUGACAAGCAUGGCCUAUAUAACCUUAAGCAGUGCAAGAUGUCUCUGAAUGGACAACGCGGGGAAUGCUGGUGUGUGAACCCCAAUACCGGGAAGCUGAUCCAGGGAGCCCCCACCAUCCGGGGGGACCCCCAGUGCCAUCUCUUCUACAACGAGCAGCAGGAGACUGGUGGGGCUCCUGCCCAGAGGGUGCAGUAAAUCGCAGCCAAUCGGUGCCUGCCUCCCUCACCCAAACACCAGCAGAAAUGGAGCAUGCCUGGGUGAUGGGUCUGGAGGGUUUCCCAGUCUUGACACAUGUAUUUAUAUUUGGAAAGAGACCAACACUGAGCUCAGAAGCCCCCUCCCCCCCUCCAGCUGCAGAUAACCUGUACCUCCCUUCUUCCUGCUUCUAUUAGGGAGGAAAAGGGUGGCACAGGGGGCGCUGGGUACAGGCUUGGGAAUGGGGAAAGAAAUUUUUAUUUUUGAACCCCUGUGUCUCUUUUACUUAAGAUUAAAGGAAGGAAAAAUAAA